GUGAGUUUCAACGAAUUGAUACCAAGAAAGAUGUCUACUUUCCGUAUUUAUAAAGAAGAUAAAAAUCUAGAGACAUAUUAUGAUAGGAAGAGUUCCUUCAAAGCAAAUGAAAAAGCAAAAGUUCUACAAGAUUUACAAGUGAAUAGGCAAAAUUUCCGAUUCCGUAGUCCAGAAAAAAAAAUACUGAAUGUCCCUAUCGACAAAUCGAAAUCAAAGCCAAAAUCUGCAGAUGAUGUACGAAAUCAUGGCAAGAAGUUUCUAUUCGAAGGAGAUAACGGUCAAAAAAAGGAAACAGCUAAGAGAAAAUCUAUAGCAACAUCAUCAGGGACUAAAAAACUUGGAACAGUAUUUUCAUCAGAAACUGUCGAAAUAUUAGCAAAAAAUGUUUCCAGAAGAAGCAGAGGUUUCUCAUCAUCAGCAGUCCAAACCAAUAGUAUCAAAGAAAAAUAUGACGAUUCUUGCAGUGAGUCGUUUUUGAACGAAGGGCAUAUAUUUAACACAACUUCAAGAUUAGACAUAUUCCAUCAGAACGAACACUGUUAUUCGCCAAUUCCUGUGAACAAAUUCACUGCUCCAUAUACUUUGCUACUGAAAAAACCAGAAAGAAAGAGGUCUCCUAAAUUGAAGAGAAGGAAAGCCGAAUUGGGUUGUCAGAGAACGACUCAUGUUGGUGACAUUUAUAAUGAAGAAUAUUUAGAGGUAGUUAGCAUACAAUCGAUAGAAUUACUUUAUAAUCGGUAUUUUAUUUCCAAGGACAUCAUGUGCAACUUCAAAUCGAUAGAGACAACGAUUACUCUUCCGACAGGUUUUCUGGAAAACUUCAAUCCUGACAAACAAAUUAGGGCUGCUAUUGUCAACUGGAUGUUGGGAAUUCAGCGAACAAUCAGCCUUUCAGAGGGAGAAUACUACUUAGCAGUGAACUUGGUAGAUCAGAUAUUAGCGAGAAUUGCCGUACCAGUGAAUAUGUACCAACUGUUGGCUAUCAGCACUCUUUGGAUUGCGAAUAAAUAUAUUGGAUCGAAUUGUUUUUCGGGAUCAGACAUGAUUGUUUUGUGCAACAAUGCAUACGUCAUCCGGCAGCUUGUGGAAAUGGAAAGGAAAGUACUGAGAAUCAUGAAUUUUCAGCUUCAUUCGCUAGAACCAACGAUUUGCGUGAAUUUCUAUCUGAAAAUACUUGAUAUUGAUCACUUAGAAAUCGCCAAAUUCUCAGUCUAUUACAUUCUGGACUGCUCCACACUUCUACCAGAAUAUUCAACUGUCCCAAUCACAGUUUUAACAGCAGCUGCUCUGAAUGUAGCUUUCAAAAUAUACUGCGAAGACUUGGAAGAAAUGGUAGACCAAUUUUUCAACAAAAAUAUGUCAGCUGCUUACGUGAAACAAAGGAAAAUCAUGGAAUCUCAGAUGUAUUCCCUUAUUCUCAAUAUGACAAAUGAGAAAUAUAUGUUUCGAGAAGCAUUCUAUAAAUAUCAAUCCGUACAUAAAUAUGUUUUAUUUUUAUGAUCGAUUUUAUAAUUUUCCUUUAAUCAUGUCGUUAUAGAAUCAUUCUCAUUCGAGUAAAAAUAUUUUCAUGUGUAGUCGCUAUAUUUGGAUUGAUUGUUAUUCAUUCAGAAAAAAAUCGAUGAUAUUUAGUUUUAUUUUAUCACUGUAUUUUAUAAUAGUUUUCACAAUUGGCUAUUUUAUUAUCCGACAAUGAACUUCUUUCUUCACUUAAUGUUAAAUUUCAUAUACAUGUUAUAUAUAUUUUAUAAAAAUGCAACAGCGCUGGCGCAAAUUGUACUUAUGAUCAUCAAAAUAUAUGUUCAUUGAAUCUUG